UAUGAUGUCGCCCUCUUCAUCCUCAUGUACAUUGUUCCACUCACAAUUCUCUUCGCCACUUACAUCCCCAUUACGGUGAAGUUGUGGUCGGACCGAGGUCUGGGCGAGGUUACCAGGGCUCAAAUUGAGGGCAUCAAGUCCAAACGCAGAGUACCGAUUUCUAGUUCCAAUGUGUGCGAAUGCGAUGCUGCUCUUUAA